AGCAAUAAUCUUUGAACAACACAAGUUAAAUAUUGAACCAUGCAUUGAAACAAAGCAACUAUUUACGCAAGUUUUUGAGUGUUUUUGUUUUGUGUGUCGAGUGUGUGCAGCCCAUGAAAAGGAGGAGGAAACUUAAAUCCUAUUAAAGAUACUACAAAGAAAAAUGUUGUAAUUCGAAAGGCGAAAUACAAGUUUAUAGCCAGCAAGACCACCACCAUUCCAGCCAUUCACCUGGGGACUCAGCAAACUUCAAGUAAGGACAUUCGCUGUCAACCCAUUUGCCGUCGUUUUGUUUUGACAGAAGCCGUACAAAAUAUAAUCCCGCAGAGUGCUAGUGAGGCGGGUAGUUUGGCAAUCAUCGAAACCGGCAAACUUCCAGCUCAAAAACAAAAAUAAUUCAUAUGUCCUCUCUGUUGUGGUGGUUGUGGGAAACUUCUUCAAGAUUGUGUUCGAUUGGAAUCUUUGGACACGGCCCCCAUCCUCCACGGCUGCCGCAGCAGGAAGCGUUGUUCCAAGACCAGCUGCCAGUUGUGCUGGACGUAGCUGGUUUGGAUUCGGUUUCACACCUCAACAAUUAUUGACAUUGAGCAAGUAUUUGAAGCAAUUGUGUCGGGCUUACGGAAAUAGUUCGGCCCAUGAAAUGUCCUCCUCUACGGAGGACGAAACGCAGGAAAAUGUGGACGUACAUGUACCGAUUAAAAUUAAUACACAACAGUCUUCGGGUAUGGGAAAUGCAUCGGAUAGCGAUGAUUAUAACGAUGUGGCGGGAGCUUUGGUAGAUGUGGAGGGAUUUUGUUAUGCUGACUAUCGUAUAGAACAAUAUGCCCAUAGUGUUUUGGAUUUCAGUUCACAGUAUGGCAUCGAUUUAAGCAUCUCAUACACAGCGCCCAAUAUUACGGGCAGACCUUCAAAGUAUCCCGAUUAUGGAGAUUUUCCUCAAACAUUUGCUAUGCGCACCUAUGGCAUUUGGUGGGAUAAAGCUCCCUCCCACCUCAAGGAAAUUCAUCCCCAAAGUUUACCCGCCGUACACUCCGAAGAUUUUAUAGUGCUCUAUUUCGAAGACUAUGUAAUACCGGAAGAAAUCGCAAUUUUUGAGACAUUUAAUCCGGGUGCUAUUGUACGCAUUUGGGCGUACACCAUUACAAAGGCUUGGGUAUGUCUAUGGGAUGAUGCUGAAUUCUAUAAAAGACCUGCGUAUACAGCGAAUAAAGCAAGGCGAUUCUCACCACUACUGAAAAAAAUACACCUACCUACAAAAACUAUAAGACUGGAAUUCAACCAUCAACGUCUUCAUUAUUAUACUGAAAUAGAUGCAGUUUUGUUAGGUGGACGAAAAUUCAAUAUGAGCAAUUUGCAGAACUUGUUGGACUUUCAAGAGCGGCAGCGCAAAGGUUCCAUCCUAUGCAAAUUGCAAAAUAUGAAGUUUCGUCCAGUGUGUCAAGACAAUUACCAGACGCGUCUGCAACAUUUUUUAGAUCACGAUCUGAAUAAAUUCAUGUCAGCCGUUUCAGAUGUACAAAUUAAGCAGAUCAACAACAAUGACAGCACUAGAGUUUCGCAUGUCGGCUUAAAAGAUAUGCCGUUUGAUAUUGUGUUAAAAAUCUUUAGCUACCUGGAUUUGAUUUCAUUAUUUCGUGUGGGCCAGGUGUCGCGCUUCUUCUAUGAUGUCUCCAAUCAUCCACUGUUAUACAGUGAAUUGAAUUUGAAACCAUAUUGGCAUUUAGCAUCGACGGAAUUGCUUUCGACAUUGGCCAAGAGAGCAACAGUGCUUAAGAAAUUGGAUAUGUCAUGGUGUGGCUGUACCAUACAAACAGUGUCGCCAACGGAAUUCAAAAAAUUCAUACAACAAAGGGGCGAUACAUUGACCCAUUUACGUUUGAAUUCCUCGAAAUUCUUGAAUUCCAGCUGCAUUGAAACCCUGGGUAUAGUCUGUGAUAAUUUAAAAGAACUCUCUUUGCGAAAUUGCUCUCUGAGCCCGCCUCUGUUAAAUUUUAGCUGCUUGGCUAAUUUGAAAAAUCUCGAACGUUUGGAUUUAUUUCAAACGGUGAUUGAACAGGACCUACUUUUGACCAUGUUGGAAAGUAAUCCCAAAUUAAAACACUUAAAUUUAGCUUUUUGUAAUGUUGCUGUAAAUAUGGACGAUGUGGCUUUACAUGUUUCGGAAUAUAAUAAAAAUUUGGUCUCCCUGGAUAUGUGGAAAGCUCAUUUUCUCUCAGCGCAGGGAGUGCUGGCCCUAUCUAAGUGUCAUGAUCUCGAAGAAGUGGAUUUUGGUUGGUGCUUACGAGAGGCAACCUUGGGUGACAGCUUGAAAGAGUUUCUUAUGAAAUGCCCCAAACUUAAAAAGUUAUUUUUGGCCGCUGUGCGUGGCCUAACCGAUCGUGAUUUAGAGGAUAUUGCCAAUUUGUGUCCGAAUUUGGAACAAUUAGAUCUAAUGGGUGUUUUGGGUAUAUCCAAAGAAAGAUAUCAAGACAUUCUUCAAAAAUGUAAAAAACUUGAAUUGAUGGAUUUAAGCUUUUGCGAUAACAUCAUGGAUUAUGAGGUGGCUAUGUGGUCUCAUAACUUUAAAGUAAAUAUCAAAUGCUGUCAUGUACCUAACGAAAUUAGAUAAGUUUUUAUGGAGUAUUCUUAAAGGAACCUAUAGUCAAAUUUUUAAGAGUAACAAAUCCAAGAAAAGCCUUUAAUGCAUAAUUUGUAGUUACUAUAAAAAGACAAACUGUUAAUGUGUGUAGAUAGUAAAUAAAAAAUUAAAACUGUAAGUGUGUUCGUAUAGUCCAAAAAUUUGCACAAAUUGUUACUCGAAAUUGUUCGCGUACUUUUUUGGCCAGCGGAAGAGGACGGAAGAAUGCGUAAGAGCGAGCUAAAUUUUGAGAUAUUCGAAAUUGAGAGCGUACAAAUAUCUGCUGGAGAUUUUUUUUCCAGCAGAAAUUUGGAACAGCUGUUUUAUGAAAUCCAGCUGUUAAAUUAAAUACAAAUUUUUGCUGGUAAAGUACGCGAAUAGAUCUUAUAAGUGCUAAUUUAUUUGAACUUCAUAAUGAACCUUAAAUAGGCAUGGCUCAUGGUACAAUUAAGAGGUAGCGUCAUUAGAACAACAACAAAAAUCUACCCCAACGAAACUACCUUGAGUGACAAAUGCCGUAAAUUGAAAUGACAAAGUUGUAUUUUAGAAAUAAACUUUCAUUUUACAACUUA